UUAGGGGGUCAAGUGGCAAAGAGGGGGCGGUGCGGGUGGAGGGAGCAACACGGCUGUCUGAUGUAGCCUGACUUUUUGACAGAUCUAGUUGAUGGAGUGAGGGUAGUUUCUUGAGCAUCACUUUUAUUAAAGUUCUCAGUUCCCCCGAUGGGACUAUUUUUGUGGGUUACCUCUGUUUCCGAAAAAGGAGCUGUUGUGACUCCUCCCCCACAAGGAUAUUGAGCAGGUUCCAGAGAUUCUCCCCCUGCUGGAAGUGGCCGACACACAGACUGGCUGAAGAGACCCGGAGCUCGGGUGAAGCUCCAGCCAGGAAGUUGCAUCAAGGUUUUAGAUGUCAUUUGGCAUUGUGCCUUCCGUCACAUGUCUGGAUUAGAUGCUCACAAAUGGUGAGAGAGCCCUAGUGGGCCUUGGAAUUCUCCCCUGGGAUGAGGUGUGCUGGGAUUAGUGCUGUGAAUCGGUUUUAAUUGUGUUGCAGCAACAUUUUCUGCAGGUGUUACCUAAUGAAACUUUGGGACCUGAUAUCUAAUGAGCCCGAUAAAGUUGCUUUUUUCUUUACUUUUCAGUCUGUAAAGACAGGUGAGGUGCUGUAUGGGAGGUGAAGGCUAAAGAAAUUGGAAUGAGUGGUUUGUGAUUAGGCUGAGUGAAGUUCAUCCUGCUUCUCAUGCCUGCAACUUAUUAUCUCUACUUCAGAUUCUUCGAUUUACAACGAGCCUUUAUUUUUUGGUUAAAAAAUGGUCAUAUGGUACUCUAGCCAAUAGUGUCUUACACAAUGAGCUCUUUGGGGGUAUGGUAAAGUUCUCCCUCUCCUCCAGUUUGACUUUUAGCAGCUGAAGGGAUUAAAUGCAGCUGCCACUAUGCCAUGGAAGAAAAGCAGGGUUCUUGGUUGGAACAGGACAGGGAAGGCUUGUGAAAAGUUAAAGUGAUUUCAGUGUUUCUCAGAAGAAUCAAUCUAAUACAAUUUUCUACUGGCCUUUAAAUAUCACUAUAGAAGCAUAUGAUGGAGUCCAAGGCACUUCUGAAAUCUGAGUGUUCCUCAAAUUUUUAGUUACUCUGACUCCCAUUCAUUGAGAGAGAAAACUGGCUUCUAGUUUUCUUGCCCAUGGCCAGGAUUUUCUAUCCCAGUUGUUAUUGUUCUUGACAAGCCUUAAUUCUAACGUGAAGAGACUUGAGUUGGAACAAUAGGUUUUCAGUGUUGAGGGGUGCCAGUGAUUUGUGGGCUGUGACUUUGUAUGACUAAACAGUGUAGGCGCAAUCACUGAAGUGAAUAACACAAGUAUCCAGAGACAGUAUUACUGGUCGGAUUUCAAGCUAAAGCAGGAGUUGGGGCAUUUUCUUGUUUUGGGUUUCUGUCUUGCAUUCCUAUUGGACAUGCACAUAUCUCAAUUAUAAGCCUGUAAGCUUUGAACUACAAGUUUUCCAGAGAGGACUAGUUGAAACCUUCUGUUUUUGUAUAGAAACUUUUGGGUUGAGUUGAAUAUACGUAUGUGGGGUAAACUGAUUAUCACUUGUUAAUCCAGUUUUAUACUUCCCUGUGAAUACUCGUGCUAGUCCAAUAUUCAGAGGAACCCCUUGACUGAGCCUUACUUUGUCCCUGAUGUUAACCUUCCUUUCCUCAUUUCAAGGCUGGAGAGCUUCAAAUGAUUAUUUAGGGGAUACACAGUUCCCUUUCCACUCUAAAUCUUGUGCGCCCUCACUCCCACCCCUUUUCUGUAUCCUAUCCUAGUUCCAAACUGAAGUCUGUCUGGUUGGACAAGUUGAGCCAAAGCUAUAUGACAGCCUACACCCUUAUGACUAAGAUUAAACCCCUUUAAAGUCUGAUUAAUCUUCAUACCUCUGAAGAGCUAACAUUGCCAAAUGAAGGCAUAUAUCUUUUUUUUUUCCUCCUUCCCAGCACAUUUGCCUCUUAAGUACAGAAUCCUAGAGAUGGAAGAGGGCCAUAAAGGAUUAUAUAGUCCACCUUUUUUGUGUUCUGCAAAGGAAGAUAUUGGCCAAAAAAAACCUGGUUAUUUUUCCAGGAUCAUAUGGUACCAGUCAAUUAGAACCCUAGGCUCCCAUUCCAGUGUUCUUUCAGUAGUGCCACACUCCUCUGCAUUGAAUUGAGAGUAGAGAGGAUUUUAAACUUCCUGUUUUGCUGACUCAAAGGGAUCUGCCUUGUGGUGGGUCAGAGUGUGGUUCUGAUCUGAUGAUGUCCUUGGAUUUAUACUGAAUUGUUUCUUGCUCAUUCUUCAUGUCAACAUCAAGUAGCAGGUACAUGAACAUGAUUUUGUUAGUUUGUGAUCCUUGGGUAGGCAGUAUGAAAGAAUGUGCUGGUAGGAAAGGGGGCUUUUUUUGUGCAAGGGCCCUUAGAAGUGGGAAAUAGAGGGCAUCCGGAACUGUAGGGUCCCAACAUGCCCAUACUUUGUAAAACCACUUUUCAGGUGCUCUUCCUUCCCCUGAGACUUAAUAUUUCUGUUGUAGGAACUUGACAAAAUCCUUAUGGGAAACUGUUGUGGUGCUUUAUUUUUGGAGAAAGUUAGUUGGUGAUAUGUGUUGCUCCCUUCUAAAUGAGCUUUCAUGUGAUGUGACUUUCAUAUUCAAGUAAAACAAAAAGUAUUUUCUGUGAGGCAUGUUUCACUGAAUGGGAUUGGAUAACUCACCUUUGUUUUUUCCUUUCCCUUCCCUCUUUUAUUCUCUCUUCCUUCCAGCUAUGCCCCCUGUGUCUUUUAGCGCUGCUUUGGCACAGCCUGGACCUGUUCCUCCCCUCCCCCCUCCUCCCCUCUCUUCUUUCUCUACCAUUCCCCAGCACCUUUGUCCACCAAGUACACCUGACCCACCCUCCCCAUUCUCUGUUCCUUCUGUAGCACCCUUCUCCCAAGCAUCCCUUUUGGCAACCCUGCCUCUAGGGGCUGGUCCUCCCCAAGCUGCAGACACUUAUACUUUGCCACCAUCUUCCCCUAUGGCUACACCGGCCUUUCUCCCAGAUCUUAUAGGACCUCCCAUCUCCCCAGCUGCCCUAGCUCUGGCUUCACCCUAUGAUUUCCCCAGCUCUGAAAGGUGCCCCUUCCUCUUCAGCUCCUUUGUCUCUGGUGGCCCUGGCCCCCUCCUCUGCUCAAAAGAGCCUGGAUGCUUCACCCAGUCCAGUGAACCCAACUACACCUGGGGCAAUCACAUCUCUGCUGACUCCUACUAAUCCUACAUCUCCAAUCCCAAAAGUGGCUUCCACUUCUGCCACAGUUACCCCUCAGGAAUCUGCUGACUUGAAAGGCACUUCCACCCCUCCAGAUGUAGUCACUGCUCUCCCACUACAUCUUGGAACUCCUCUAGCUUCUGAGUCAAACACCAUUCUCCAGACAGCCCCUGCCUUACCUGUUUCAAUCCAGACUGCUCCUAUGGCCCCCCCUUCUCCAAUAACCAUGGCUCCAAAAGCCCCCUCUGCUGCCUUCACUCCUCUUUUAGACCCUCCUCUCUCACAUGCCAAACAUAUUGUUUCUCCCAGCUCUGGAGCUGCAGCUCAAAUAGGCUCUGAUAAUUUCUCAAAACCUAAAAGCCCUGCUCCAAUCACCAUUCCUCUAGGUAUUUCUUCCCAAGGGUCUUCAACCUCCUCUACAACCCUAGGAUCCCCUAUAGCUUUAUUUCCAAAAGACCCUCUAGUUUCUCCUGUAGUGUCCAGUUCACCUAUAGGGAGUCCAUUUUCCUUAUUGAUACCACCUGUUCAGAAAGAUACCUCUGACAUAAGCAUAGCCCCUAAAUUGUCUUCUGGACCAUCUGUUGCCACUUCUCUGCCACUUCCCCCUACUUACCCUUUGUCUCCACCUGUUCUAUCUUUAGGACCCAAAGCUCCUCCCCUUGGGAGUCCAUCCCUAAAAGGAACCCCUACUCCAGUUGUAGCAACCACCCAAGUUGCCAUACUGGCUCCCCCUACUGUAACUGCUACUGUACCCAUUUCCCUUGAGGGAGGCAGCUGUCCACUGGGUAGCCCUUUUAUUCCUUCUGAUUCAGCAGACUCCAAGUCCAAGAAGGAUCAUGCUGUUCCCCCCACAGCCUUACCCCUGUCCCCUAUAGUUCCCAAGGAUCCUUCUGUUGUCCAGGUUUCGGCCCCUUCUCUUAAGACCCCUCUCUCUCCACCUCUGAAAGAUCUCAGAGAUUCCCAGGUUGUCCCUGUGUCUCCUCUUGGAGUCUCUACUCCAAUCCAAACAGAUUCUCCAACCAAGAAGAUACCUAUUACCCUACCUUUGGACCAUGUGGCUCCCGAAAAUCCCUCAGCUUGUUCUUUGAAGUCCUCACCAGGUUCUCCAUCUCCGGAAACCACCCCAGCAAAAAAAGAUCUUAUGGGAUCCCCUCUUCCUGCUACAGUCCCCUCUCUGACAGUAUUAACUUCUCCAACCGCAAAUGCAGGCAAUUCUACUCUAGAGGUCUCUAGCACUCCAAAAGUCCCAAAAGCCAAAAUAGAUCUUUCUACUCCCUCUCCUUCAGCCUCUCCUCUUGUAGUCCCUGAUAGCCCCCCCAGCUCUGUUAGUCUAGCCCUCAAAGGCUGCCCCACCACCCCAGCUGUAUUCCCCUCUCCUCAGGGGCUCCUUUUCUCUUCAGCUCAGAUGGACUCCUCAACAAAGAAAAAUCCUGCUACUCCACUCACUCUUUCCCCUGUAGCUCCCAAAGAAACCACCAGUACUCCAGCUGCAACUCUCUCCCCUUUGGAGUUUGCUCUCUCUUCUGCAUCUCCUAAAGGCCAUAUGGCUAGAGAGGGUCCUGUGUCUCCUGAAAGUCCCCAUAUUUCCUCAACUGUAGCUAUUUCUCCUUUGGGGGCUUCUGUCACUCCCCAAAUUCCAGAGGUGCUCCCAGAUAAGGCAAGUUCUGCAACAGUCCCUGCUUCCUUAACUCUAGCUUCUUUUACUCCCCAAAGUGCACCAGUUCCAUCUGUUUUGCCCGACACUAUAACUCCGUCCCCCAAAGAGACUUCUGAUUCCCCAGGAGUAGCCACCUCUCCUUUAGAGGCCACUGUCAUUCCUAACAGAUCCCCCCUUGCCUUUGAUCUGGCCUCAGCCACUCCAUCUCCUAAAGGGUCACCUACAUCCCCACUUGUGACUCUCCCCCACAAAGGGGGCCCUACUCCACCAUCUCCCAAAAGGGCCUCCACUACUUUGCCAGCUCUGCCUCCUUCAGCCCCUAAAGACGUCCCCACUACUCCAGCUGUGCUUUCUCCAACCCCCAAAGGAGCCCCUACUGCUCCAACAGCUGCAGCUCCAGCUCCGCUUUCCCUCAACAGGGCCCCCACUACCCCACCAGCUGCAAUGCCACCGUCCCCCAAAAAAGCCCUCACUCCACCAGCAAUGUCUCCAGCCCCCAAAGAGGUCCCAUCUGCAAUGCCUCCAGCCCCCAAAGAAGUCCCCACUACCCUACCAGCUGCAAUGCCACCAUCCCCCAAAAAAGCCCUUACUUCACCAACUAUGCCUCCAGCCCCAAAGAGGUCCCAGCUGCAAUGUCUCCCGCCCCCAAAGAAGUCCCCACUGUUAUGUCAGCUGCAGCUCCACCAUCCCCCAAAGAGGCCCUCACUACACCAGCUAUGCCUCCAGCCCCCAAAGAGGUCCCUGUUCCACCAGCUGUGCCUUCUCCAUCCUCCAAAGAGGCCCCCACUACUCCAUCAGUUGUUCCUUCAUCUCCCAAAGGGGCCUCCACUUCGGCUAUAACUACCUCUCCUUUGGAGGUCACUGUCUCUCCUCAAGUUCCUAAAGGACCCCCAGCCAAGAAGGACUCUACUACUUCUCUGUCCCCCAAAGUCCCUU